GCUGCUGGUAGGCGCUGGUGGUCGCUGCCGCAAAGUAUGAACGGCCCUUCUCCACUACUCCGCAAACGCGGCCUAAUCGUUCCAGAUGAGACUAACUACUUGAAAGUACGUGUUGUGCUGUCCCCACCGGACGUCUAUCUCGUCUGGACGCCGCUUCCGCACCAUACUAAUCGUAUCGCUUUAUUCAAAGUCGCAUACAAGGAACAAGGUUCCUCUCGAUGGACACGAGUCUACGGCUGUCCGCAGGACUUUCGUUGUCCGACGGGUCUCGUCGAUCCGGACGAUUACUGCUAUCGCCUUCAGCGCCUCCUUUUCGGCGUCCACUACAUCAGCCGAGUGUCGUAUAACCUGACCAACGGAGAUGUUCACGAUCCUGGAAGCACUAUUCAUUUCUCACUUAUGCAUCUAGCCGGUGUUGAACAGCCGUCUCAUCUACAAGUGAGUAUCACGCAGCCCCGUAUCGAGCAACAAGGACCCAGGAAUGUUGUCUAUUGGUCCACCACAGGAGACACUUCGCGGCUGCUCGGCUAUAAGAUUGAUAUCCGAAGAGAUGGUGACCGGGACUGGACUGAGCACGGCGACCUGAUUCGUUCGGAACCAUCGCAGGCACAUUUCCGCCAAUCACUUGGACCAGUACCUGUGGCUACCUACUACCUUCGGGUGAGAGCGAUUGACGGCGGCGGUAAUACCGCAGCCACUUCACCAAGCACUAGCUUUUCCGUCUCCUGCCAAGGUAAGCAAGUUGUUUCAGAGGUUUCCUACAAGGUCUUUGAUGCUUCUAUUCCAGCUCCGAUAUCGCCAGAGAAUGUACGCCUGGAUAGGGUGUCAGAUAAUCGAGUGCGAAUCUCAUGGACAUUCCCUUCAGAAGAUCCGGCCUGUCAGACAUAUUUCUUCAUCACUGGCGUUCAGAAUGGCGUCCCUGUGAAUCAUCGAGUGCCCGGAAAUGAACGGAGUUAUGACAUUGAAGGCCCAGCCAGAGGCGACUGGCGUGUUGAAGUACGGGCUGUCAAUUCGGCAGGGUCCGGACCAGCUUCUCAUCAAGCAAUCUUCACCAGUGCGCAACAAUCCCAUAAGCAUCACCGUCAUCGUCGCAGCGUUUGCGACCCUCGAACGGAUUUUUGGUGUCGUACGGAAUCACAACGAACAUCAUCCUAUCAGUACUUAGAACGCUCGUCUCAGCCCCAAGAGUGGAAGCUCGUGGGAAUGACCUUCAUGUCCAGUGGAGGAGUGAAGGGCGAUGGACGUGGCGUGUUCGGCUACCGUCUGCAAUUCCGUAGCGAAAGCUCUGGAUGGAAUCCUUAUGGCCAAAUCGUCCCGUAUGUGGGCGAUAACCAGGACUACUCCCAAACCCUCACUGGCCUUCAAAAAGGUCACACCUACGCCGUUCACAUUCAGGUUCUCGACAGGAAUUCAUACGUGAUGUAUGUCAGCCCUGAAGCGUCGGCGAGAAGCAGCUGUACAGGUUUGUCACCCACUUUAAUCCAAUUAUAUGGACCGCACCAUUCAGUUGGACAGUUC